ACAACUUUGUUUUUUAAUCAAUGAAUUAUUUAUCUAGCUCUUGAUGGUCAUGACUGGAAAUCUGGGAAAUCUACAAGCUUCAGAACAACAACAACAACAACAACAACAACAACAACAACCUCAGUGAUGAAUUAAAGACCUUUAACCUGUUGGGUUCUCCACAUGUUCUCUUCUAUAAUGCUCAGGUUCUGUUUGCAGAGAACCCUGAGGCCAUGUGUUCGAGGAGCACAGAAACGCUGCCUCGGCACACAUAAGCACAAAGAGAAACUGGAACUGCUAAACACUCCUAAAGGAGCCAAAGACUUUAUCUACAGCCUGCAUGCUUCAGAGCGAAGCUGCUUACUGCGAGAGCUGCAGAACUUCGAGUCCAUCGCCAUCGCUCAGGAGAAACUGGAGUCGUUGCCCCCCAGCACCAAUCAGCUGAGAUACGUGCUCCUUCACAACGCUAUCCCGUUUGUCGGAUUCGGCUUCUUUGACAACGCCAUCAUGAUCGCUGCAGGAACCCAGAUUGAGCUGUCCAUCGGCGUGACCUUCGGAAUAUCAACUAUGGCAGCGGCAGCAUUGGGAAACUUGGUGUCUGACCUGGCUGGGCUUGGGCUUGCAGGUUAUGUUGAGGCCCUAGCUGCCCGCUUGGGGAUGCAGAUUCCUGAUCUUACACCCAAACAGGCUGACAUGUGGCAGACCAGGCUCAGCUCACACUUAGGGAAGGCGAUAGGCGUCACGAUCGGCUGCCUGCUCGGGAUGUUCCCACUCUUCUUCCUUAACGAUGAAGAUGAAAAUGUUUCUCAGAGUGCAGCAGUAACUCCAAUCUCACACUCCAAAUAACUUUAUUAAUACAAACCGCUGCACAACAACACCGCACAACAACACUAUUGGGAUUUUUAUUUCCUUAAGUCUACUAAUGUUCUCAUGGACAAAGUGUCAUUCAUGCUCUGUGUUCAGCAAACCAAUGAAUUGACAACAUCCUGCUGAGGAUUUGUUUCUAGAAAGUUCUGCCUUUAGUGGAACCGGAUGUCCAAGAUGGCCGACUAACACAACACUAACACUAUACUGUUCAGCUACACAGUGAAGUUUUGUUCAUUUACAGCCUCGGGCUUGUGAGAAAUAGAACCCAUGAAGGUAGGGCUGUAAAAGAAAA